GACAGUGCUGUGGGUCAGUCGGUGUUCAGCGUCUGAGGAGGAGGGUUGUCCAGCUCGUCCUUCUCACUGAUAGUGUGAUACUGAUACACAUUGUAAUCCCUCCACCACUGACGACACCGUCUCUCCACGUUCCACAACACCACCACCUCAAAACUAUGCUCAUCGCAGAGACUCGUUGACAUUGGAUUCAAUUCUAAUGCAUGUGUUUCAGUACUAAAGUAAUCGCUAAUAAUUUUGUUUGUAAGCAUUGAAUGCACAUUUAAACUAACGACAAUGAUGUUCUCCAAGCUGCUCUUCCUCACGCUAACCUUGACGCUCCUUCACACCACCACUUCCGCAUUCCGAUCACCUUGGAGUGUCCUUCAAGACCCUGACCAAGGGGAGGAGCUGGCUGGCCUGCGGGAUGGCAUGCCACCCCUGCAACUCCUCCCAUCCUUCCCCAUGCUGCAGGAGGCGCUGAAGCAUCAGCUGGAGGACACGUCCUUGAAUUCCACCCUUCCCGAGCUUGUUGGAGGCGGCGAGGAAGAUCUGACGGAGGGCCUGGGCAGCAUCCUGACCGUCUGGAGCACAGUAGAGACGUUCUACGUCCCCAAAAAAGCCAAUAUAGACAACGAAGAGUGUGCAAAAGACGUGUCUGAUAGAGCCUUCCUCCUCAACAUUAACAAGUUGUGGAUAAUGAGAAUGAUCGACUCGUGGGGCAAGUUGACGGACGGCUUCCUCUUCGGGAACGUGCGAGCUACGGGCAUGUUUGAGGAGUGCGUGCAGGUCGAGGCUCACUACAACUUUACAGAAGGCUUCAUCCAUCCUACGCAUACGCUGAGGAACUAUACCGGACGUUAUUGCACCGUAUACUACUUACCAAAGCUGAAGAAGGAAAAGAGCGGGGUGGCGUUCGCCGUGUUGGCCACCCCUCUGCCCUUCUCCUACGGCACCUGCAUCCCCUCCACCUGCACCACGGAGGACAUGCAGGACUCGGUGAACGUGACCCUGGAGGAGUACGGGAUGAAGUUGGUGCGAGUGACUUGCCACGCUGACGACGACCCUGAAGAGGAGCUCAUCCCCGAGGACAAGGCCAUGCUAUCCAUUCUUGGUGUGCUGGGCUGCCUGUUGGUUCUGGCUUCGAUCUAUGACCUCAUCACCAGCCAGCUUGGUAAAGAACAGAACAAGGCGUGUCUGAACUUCAGUCUGUACAGGAACAUGCAGAGAAUAUUCACCUACGACGUUCCUAAAGGCGCCGACGUAAUCACCUGUCUCCCUGCACUCAGGGUUGUGACGAUGACGUGGAUCAUCAUCUGUCACCAGUAUGAAACUAAUUACGAUUUCAUCGUCAACACUUUGGACUCUCUCAAAUAUCAAGACCCGGUGCUGACCGAGGUGGUCACCAAUGGAUGGCUGUCGGUCGACACGUUCCUCUUCAUGACCGGAUUGGUACUGAGUUACCGCCUUCUGCCUCUCCUCGCUGACCGCCGCCCACGCGCUCACCUCUCCAUCUUUAUCAAGACCUUCUUCAGGAGGUUCUUCAGGCUGGCGCCGACCAUCCUGUGUGUGGCGCUGUUCUGCGCUUCGCUGCUGCGCUUCCUGGGCCGCGGGCCGCGCAAGCACCUCCUGGACGCCUUCAGCAGGGGGGACUGCGCCACCCACUGGUGGAAGGACCCGCUCUUCUUCAACAACUUCAUCACCGGCGAGAACCACGGCUUGACCGUCAAUGAUUGCUUGGACAACUGCUGGUACACGGCCGUGGACAUGCAGCUGCUGCUCAUCCUUCCCUUAAUGCUUCUACCUGUCGUCUACUUUGGGCUCCCAGGUCUGAUGAGUCUGACGGUGGCGACAGUGGGGUCCGUGCUGGUGCCGCUCAUCCUCACCAUUGUCUACAACCUGCCUCCAGUCCCAAUUCAGCCCUCUCUGAUAACUACACACUUCGAGUACAUGUGGCGGGUGUACCUGGUGCCGUGGUGUCGGGCUGGCCCCUGGCUCGUGGGCGUCUGGACGGCCUUCUUCCUCCGCCGUCCAAAUGCCACCAGGAUAAAUAUACCCAAGGUAGUUGUGGUGCUAGGAUACGUGGCUGCCAUAGCGCUAGGACUGGUACUGGUCCUAGGACUCUACCCGUACAAUCAUGUCCUCCCUGACAAGAACUGGAAGGACUACCCAGCCAUGUCCGCCAUCUACGGUGCCCUGGCGAGGCCUGUGUGGGGCAUGUGCCUCGCCUGGGUAGUAAUAUCCUGCCACACGGGCAAUGCAGGUCUAGUGAACCACGUCCUGUCGUACCCCGGAUGGCGGCCCCUGGCCCGCCUGACCUUCACCAUGUACCUGGUGGCCCCCGUGGUCCAGCUCUGGUGGUCCACCUUCCUCUACCUUCCUACCCACUUUGACUACCUUUCCAAGCUGUUUGAGAGCUUGGGCGUGAUCUUCAUCGCUGGUGUGGUCGGCGUGCUGUUGACCUGCUUGGUGGAGCUACCUGUAUCCAGCCUCGCUAACAUGCUUCUUCCUUAUGCAGCUGCCAAUGAGGAGCAGCUACAGCCCGUGCUGGAGAUGGUGGACCAAGCACCUAAGUCAUCCCAUGUGCCUCUCUCCAGGACGUCUCCGAAUUAUAAUUAGACCUACGCUAUAUCUUGGCCUAGCCUAUGCUUUAGUCCACCGUGUGGUCUGGGCCGCCCCUUGACUUUGCGGUCCCUGUGACUAAGACAACAUUGGUGCUAGCCCAUCCCAUAACGUCCAACAUUGUGUACCUGUAACUUCAAUAUUCAGUGGUUUCUAACUUGGUGUAUCUGUCACUCUGACUUAGAAACGUGUGAUCUUUCAUCUGCCUGGUGUGUGAAAUUUAUAAUCGUGCGACUAAAGGCUUGCCGUGUCCUCAAGAAACUUCUUAUCCCACAGCCUCUUGACCUUGGACUGAUACACAACGAUUUCUUGACCUUGCGACCUUGGGUCGACACCUUCAUCCCCCAAGAACCUUCUUCAGACUGUUCAUUGAUCUUUCAUCAGGAAGGAAUUUCUCGGGACGAAUUGCAGACAAUUUAGGUUACAUCACCGAGCGAUAUUACAAUGUUAAUCGAAGAUCACGAAGUACAAUUAUCUAGGAAGCGUAUAUGAGGAUAAGAUAUCGAUCAAUUAAAUUGCUGUAUUGAUCAGAGAUGAAGCUAGAAAUUAUCAUCGUUGAUGACCACAGAUUAAUCUUUGUGAUGCAUUGAUCGAUGUCUGUACAACAUAUUAGCAGUAGUCACAUUGUGGCCUGGUUAUUGUGUGUGUUUAUAUGUACACAUGUAUAUAUGAUUGGCAUGUGCGCGUGUUUAAACAUGUAUUUGUGAUGUGUGUACAUCUGCAGAUAACGUGACUGGCUUUUCAGAUUGAUGCAAAGUGAACUUUAUCAACACACGAACGAAUGUUAGGAGAUUCAUGUAAGUGUGUGAGACGAAACAUCUUCACCAGAACCACCGCCCAUCCCUGCUGGCUGCCUCCACCUCUUUUUCUUAAUUUAGUGAAGAAAGUGGAGGAAGAGAGAGACCGGCACGCCAAGACGAGGGACCGGAAUUAAAGACGUUUGAAAAAUUGCCGAUAUAGUUUUUGCCUUGCUCAGAAAGGGAUGACUUUGAAAAUUUUAGUGAUAGUUGAUUGCAUGGAUGGGGGGGGGGUGUGACCGGGUUCGGUGAUUCAGUGGAUUUUUGUAUGUGGGUUUGUUUUGAUUGGGUUUUCUGAGUGUAGAGCAAGGGAGAAAAGGAGAGAGAGAUGGAGGAAGGGGUAGAGGGAGAGAUGGGGAGAGUUGUGUGAGUUUGUGAAUAGAGGUGGUGAGGGAGGAGUUCUAGGCAGUUUGUGAGAGUACAGGAAAUGAGGUAGACUUGGAUGUCGGUGAAAUGUGUAUCAAUAAUAGUCAAUGUAGUUGACUCGAGGUAAUGUAUAGAGUGAUGUAAGGCUAGUGAAUAAGCGAUAAGUAGUGUAUGGUGUUACCUAGUGGUUGUAGAGUUGUGUGUAGCGUCAGUAAAGGAGUUAGCGUGUAUAAUAGAUUAGUGCAUAGUUACAAAUUAAUGGUGGGUGUAGAGUCUUCCUUUACAACCCUAUCAACGCAAUUCAUCAACUGAUAUUUCGUAAAGUAACAACACUAUUUGCAAAAAUAUUCUUUACCCAUGAUUUUUCUGUAAUAAAACAUAAAUUUGUAUUUAUUAUUUCGUGUUCUAUUGUAUGUUUUAUUUAACAUCUUAACAUCCUCGUCAAUCAAAAGACCCUGUUCUUCACCUUUAUAGAGAAAGUAAAUCAAUCUUUCUUAAUCUCUUCAUGUAGGAGGUUUCUAGUUCCUUGGAUUACCUGUUAUUCCUCAUUGUGACGUUCAGGUAAAUUAUGAUCAUUUUAUGGUAUGACAAAAACGGAACUGGAUAUUCUGAAUGUGGCAUUAUUAGGGCAAGAACAAGCUAAAUAACAACACAGUGUCCUAUUGCUACCUUUUCUAGACAUGAAUCCUAGUAAUUCAAAUGACUUAGUACAUUUAUGCAUUGAUUUUGUAUACUAAUAUCGUGAAAAAGUGGAAUCUUCAAACGUUUUGUAGCAGUUUCAACAUUGUCCAACUGAUUUCUGGUAACUAUUACUAUAAGUAUAAUAUGAAAGUUUGCAAAUGUCAUUGUUCAGUCCUGUAUUUAAUCCCUUUAUUUAUCAUUAACAACAGAGGUCACAGGAUACAGUCCUGGGGCACUCAUAA